UUAACAGAUUGCGAUAACACUAAAUCUUAACUAACAGCAGGCACCAACUCUGGGGUGACCAGACAUGGUCAGUUUCUGAAACUGCCAAUUGUGUGUUAGUACUCAGAGAAAAGGACAGAUACAAGCAGGAAGAAACUUUCUCCACUCAGAAGCGAUUUCAACUUGUAUCUGCCGAGAUGAAAAGUCUGAUGUGUGUUAUCUUCACUUUGCUGGCCCUGGCAGCCGCCAGCCCCACAGACAGCCGCCGUCAGAUCGGUAUCUGUGUCGAGGAGUGUAGCCUGACCCUUCACGCCCUGGGCGCCAGCAGCUGUCCAACCGGUACUGCCUGCAUGUCCAACGGCUGUGGACACACGUGUCAGGCGGUCGCUACAGCUAAGCCAGCCCCCUGCUCCGGACUUCUGUGCCUCAUGUACUGUGAGAAAGGCUUUCAAGUGGACCAAAACGGCUGUCCAAUUUGCCGAUGCGCCUGAGAUCGGAAGUCGUUUGUGGAUUUUUCAAAAACAGAUUUCCUUUCUAACACUCCCAUUUUCAAAUAAAGUAUGAAUAAACAUACCUUGUCUGGGCAAUGAU